UAAAUUAGAUACAUAUACAUAUAAAAAAUAAAUUAUGAAGAUCAUCCACUAUAUAUUACUUUUUAUUACUUUGAUGAUGGUAGUUGAAGCGUUACCAUCCAGUUUUCAAGGCAAAACAAACUCACUAUCAAAAAGAUCACCAGCAAAACAAGUAGCAGCCACACAAGCGGCACCCAAAGGGGCAGUAGAAGAACAAGAAGGGGAAGAAGAAGAAAAAGAAGAACAAGCACCAGUAAAAAUCGUCCCCAAUGAAAAAGCGAAAGUCCAUCUUCGAACUAUGGUGGAAUCUUUGGUAGGUUUGGUGAAUGAAUUACGAGAUAACGGAAAGAUUCGUUUACCUGAUCCUUUAGAACGUGUAUUUAAAACGAUCAUCGAGUCUGUGGAUACUGUACAAGAUGAUUUGAAUGUGGAUCUUAAUAUGGAUUUGGGUAAUUUAUUGAAUAGUGGUGGAAAAUAAUAAUGUCUUAUAAUUAAUCAAAUAAAUGAUUAUAAUAAAAUAUAUACAGAAAGGAUGAUAAUGAUAAUAUAGA